AGUCGGAAACAGAGGUCGUCGAGGUCGUCCACUUCGUUCUGAAGUUGAGGAAGUCCAGCGUUGAGAAUUUGGGAAAUUUCAAGGCUAUUUUCCAUGCUAACUAUCCAAUUGUUUGAGAAGAUGUUCAACAGCUAAUAMAAUGUAGGAAAUUGCUUUGUGCAGUAUUUGAGUUCAGCUGUGGUAUGGGAUGAAUGCAAAAAUGGCAGCUCACAACCGGGCUGAAGAGAUCCAAUCUCAUGUCAAAGAAGCUUUUUAUUUAGCAGAUGUCGACAACAAGGGCUACCUGAGCAGAUUUGAUCUCAAGGUUGCUAUGGUGUCAUUGUUUGGAUACAAACCUUCCUCAUUUGAGAUUGAUGAUAUAAUAUCAAAGGUUUCAGAAAGGCAAAAACAAUCUGCAGGGAUCACUCUGGAUCAAUUGCAGUUWAUAGCUUCAAAUAAAUUCAAGGCUCAAGAUGACGAUGAUCACAUAAGACAGAUAUUYCGUGCUUGUGAUCUGGAAUGCCGUGGAUUUAUAACAUUGGAAAAUGCCAAAAGAUUGUUUGCUCAAGCUGCGCCCUUUAUGGAUAUGCAGACAGUUGAAAGAGUUUUCAAAGAGAUUGACAGUGACAGAGAUGGGCGUGUUAGUUAUAAGGACUUUGAGUUUAUGAUGAAAUACAUUGUGGAUGAUUGAUAAGUACAGAUGUAGUGUAGUUCAAAACAAUAUACAUAUUUGCAUAUUUGGUGAAUUUGAAAAGACAUGUAAUGUACUGUGGAUGCUACAAUCAUGGUCUGAAAGUGUUUGAAAUAUCACUAAAUAUUGGUAUGUCGGAGCAUUAUGCUCAGUUGUUAUGAUAACAACUCUUGUGUCCUCAUGUUUUGGAGAUCGUAUUUGUUUGCUUGAUGCUCUAAGCUGACAGACUAACAGCCCUGUUUUGGGCAGGGAAGAGAGUGGAACUAGUGCUCUGAGGAAGAUUGUAUUGAGGGUGAAUAUUCCUGUCCGAGGGAUAAAUUCAGGAUUCUCAGUAUAAGACGACAGCCAGCAAAAAUUGCCAUUUAUAGUUUAGUUAAUCACCUGCUACUUGUUUGUUAAUGGAUUGCAGAAAACAGACGGGUACUAAUAUAAAUCCUCUAUUUUGACGUCAACUUUAAUUUUUGCUGAAAACCCUGUAAAUCCUUAAACAGUAGUUAAAACACAAAUACAUAUAUGGAGUUGAUGGCUUAUUUGGCUAGUAAUUUUUAUUUUCAUCCACCCUUCAUCCAACUGAUCCCUGUAGUGAACUGUGAAAUAUUAAUUUGUACAGUAAAUUUUGUAUUUGCUCACACCUUCUAGAUUUCUAGACACAUUUUUAGGUACCUUUUGUUACUAAACUCUCUGGCAGUCAUGGGCAGAUGGUGAUGGUGUCAACAGUGAUUGGUAAUGGUGAUAGAGAACUUAAUGCCAACCAAGAGAAAAGAAGUGUGCAGUUCAGGUUAGUUAGGUUAGAUUUACAAACAAAGAGUUCAAAAUAGAUAGCCUCAAAACAGAGACCACAGAGCAGAGUGGCAGGGGACUGUAGCCAAAUCCCAUUUUUUUUUUUAAAUUCAAUAAAAUGUCAUUUUGAACCCUAUACUGAUAMCUUUUGGUAGUGUCAAGUAAUAUCUUUAGAUUCACUGUGUAAAAUAUGUACUCGUAGACGCUCAAAAUGCUGGAAAUCGCAUUAUUUUCCAAGAUUAAAAGUUUUAAAAAUUCA